UCAGUCCUGAACUUGAUGUCGAGGUGCGACCUGAAGUGUCAAGCUUCCACACACAGGUCCAAGUGCAAUCCCUCACGACAGAUCGCUUCAAGCGCUUUUCUACUUGGGAGUCACUAGUGAGAGCUGUCGCCUUGCUCGUCCACAUAGUCCGGUGUUACAAGUUUAGGACUAUGCAAAGGAUGUAAAGGCUGGCAUUGGUGUGAACAACCUCGCACACCUGACAGCGUUCGCAAGCCAUGAAUGUUAUCAUACAGGCAGUCCAAAGAGACGUUUUCCCAGCAGAGUUCUCUGCUCUGACUGACGGCGAGGCUCUGCCCAAAAAAAGCCCACUCUUUUCGCUCAGUCCAGUGUUGGAAAAAGGCCUCUUGAGAAUUGGAGGCAGACUCACACAUGCCCCAUUGGAGCAUGCCGAGAAGAACCCCCUAGUUCUACCUAAGCGCAACCACGUUUCCACCCUGUUAGUGUCCUACCACCACAAGCAGGUAAAACACCAGGGGCGCCAUUUCACUGAAGGUGCUGUAAGAUCUUCAGGCCUAUGGAUCAUCGGAUGCAAAAGGCUCGUCAGCUCCGUCAUACAUGAGUGUGUCACCUGUCGGAAGCUCCGAGGCAAGAGGGAAGAGCAAACCAUGGCAGAUCUGCCACCCGAGCGCCUCAGCACAUCUCCACCCUUCAGUUAUGUUGGCCUGGAUGUGUUUGGGCCGUGGAAGGUCACCGCGAGGCGCACUAGAGGGGGGCACGCCGAAAGCAAACGAUGGGCAAUACUGUUUACCUGCAUGAGCACUAGAGCAGUGCAUAUCGAGGUAAUCGAGUCCAUGGACACCUCUAGUUGCAUCAACGCCUUGAGGCGAUUCUUUGCAAUCCGUGGACCUGCGAAGCAACUAAGGUCUGAUUGCGGGACGAAUUUCAUUGCCGCCAGCAAGGAACUCGGACUGACGAAACAACAACAACAAGGGCCCAGUAUCCAGAGAUACUUGAGUGACCAAGGUUGCUCUUGGGAGUUCAAUCCACCCUACUCAUCGCACAUGGGAGGCUCUUGGGAACGGAUGAUCGGUGUAGCCCGCCGGAUCUUCGACUCCAUACUGCUACAGGAGCACGUCCAUCUCUCCCAUGAGGUCCUAUGCACUUACAUGUGUGAAGUUUCUGCAAUCAUCAACGGCAGACCCCUUACUCCAGUAUCCACCGAUCCAGACGCUCCUUUCUUGUUGACUCCAGCGAUGCUGCUCACACAAAAGGGUGCUAUGCCUCCUCCACCUGGAGACUUUUCAGACAAGGAUCUCCAUCAGAGCCAGUGGAGACAGGUGCAAGCGCUCGAGAGCACAUUUUGGACCCGAUGGAGACGGGAGUACCUCCCUACGCUACAAAGCCGUCGCAAGUGGGUUGGGGAACGCUGCAACCUGCAACAAGGCGAUGUAGUGCUGUUAAAAGACAGCCAAGCUGCAAGAAACGAGUGGCCCCUGGCACUGGUCACAGCGACCUAUCCAAGCCAGGAUGGAAAGGUACGAAAGGUCGAAGUGAAGACUGCAACUCAAGGGACACCAAAGACAUUCCUGAGACCCGUCUCAGCAGUUAUUCUUCUGCUUUCCAAAGAGGACUAACUUAGCAUGUAAAUAGUACGGAUGAUAGUGGCGUCAUGACGCCAGGCGGGGAGUGUUCUGCCUCCCAGGCAGAUUUAAGUUUUUGGCGUUUUAGCGCCUCCUGUGUAAUGUGGUCAAAUGCGGUAUCGCAACAUGUUCGAAGUUAGGGAACCAGGAAGUAGUUUUGACACACGCUCCUGUUAGUUCAUGGGGAGAAAGCAGAAAAUGCGUCCGUCUUCUCAUCACUCGCAAUCCUUUUGAUUUGAGCUGUAAGCAGCAUUGUCUGUAAGUAAGAU